UAUAUUCAUUGCAGACCUUGGUGUGAGACGACUAGGUGAGUAGUAUUAUCUUACUUUGUUGUUAAAUAUUAUAAUUCUUCGGUACAAAAAAUGAUUCGCAGAACAUUAUUAGUGUUUUAAUUAGCUAAUGCUAGAUUUGGCGAUGAUAAUAAAAUUUAGAUUCAGUUUUUUUUUUGUAUUGUCCUUGUAACCAGACGAGCAUACAAGCUCACCUGAUGCUGAGUGGUUACCUUCGCCCAUGGACAUCAGCAGAGCCAAGCCGGUGCCUACCAUUAAGAUAGUCGUUGAGUCGCUUAUUUUUAUAUGAGCGUGUACGUUUUAUCUAUAGUGUGCUCCGGAAUAUUCACUAAUUAGAGCAUUAUGCUUUAUUCUAGUUUCAAUAUAAAAUAAAAUGAGCCAUCGGGUGAAGGCUAGCAGAUAAAAUGACACAUUAAUAUUGUGUAUAAAGGAUAGUUUACGAUAGGAAAUUCAUAUGGCAUUAUGAAAAAUAAAAUAUUAGUAAUAUUAAAAAACAGUCACUUGCGCAUGGCGACGCGUCGUCACAAAGUGCCCAUUACUAAAUAUAUAUGCUAUCAUAUAGCGAGGUGACGCGUCGCCACGGUAUGGGUCGCCACGUCACCAAUAAGUUUUAUGUGCGACUAUAGAUGUUUCAAAUUCGAAAGUGCAAUGGUCUUAUCGCUAAAACCGAUCUUUUCCAGACAACCGUCUGAUGAACAAAAUUUGCGUGAUGACGAAUUUAUCUAAAUUUCUAGUAUUGAAAGCGUUAAAUUUUUUUUGGAUGAACAUUCGGCCUUCUAAAUCAUGAUCACGGAUGCUGGUUAUAGGGCUCCCUCAAGGCUCGCAGUUAUAGUGGGUCAGGCGAGCUAAUAAUAGACCCGAUAAGGUGAAUGCCGUCAACUAUCUUAGGGCUGAAGGCAAAAUAUUUCUAGUUCUGAUUUGGUAAUCACUUUGUUGGUACAAAUUAUUAAAUAGACGCAACAUCCACUAUGUGCAAUAAAUAUGUGGAGUGCGUCAUCUUGCUCCAAGAAUGUCUUGGUUGAGUUCUAGACCAUCCGAGCUUUGGACGUGGGAUCAUGAGCAGCAGAGAGUAAAGUUCGGUUCAACUGCGAAAUGUUCCCAAGUGCCUACAGUGUCCCAUCUAACAUCCAUAGUACUUUUCACAUUAGGUUAUCUGAUUACCGAUCGCCGUGGCUACGAUGUUAAAUUACGACGAGACCUUGUAGGCGAUGUUCGACUUCUGCGAGUCCACUAUCUCGCAGGAAAAGGAGGCGGAAUGAUAAAGGGAAAGCUCAUCCCCUUCCGCACCGAUCCGCCGAGCUGGGAGCCGCAGAAUGGCUUUCACCCAACCUCAGCCCCUGUAAGGAGACAGUCUCCUUCCAGUGGCACCGCCCGGGCGGCCUCAGUAGCCGCUAUCUCUUGGAAACCGGCGUCAUUGGUCGUCGACGAUCGCCUCGACGAACCAUCGGUCUGUUUGUAGUAUUGAACCCACUACUUUGCCACUUUGCCUGGGUUUUGACCCCGGACGGAGAUCGGACGUCGGAUGAGAGAGUGCAAGGGGAGUCUUUUGGUGGGUGCCCUAACAAACAUCUGUGGACGGUCAAGACCCACGUACUGACGCUUUGAUUUAGUUUCCUCAUGUGGAAGUUUCUCAUGAAAGGCCUUUUCGAGACGUAGUUUUUCCGAUAAGUGUGAUUCCAUCACUCGAAAUCGGUACACUGCAUGUCGUUACGAAUGCUUCUAGAGCACUCAAUCGCCUCCUUAAGCCAACAUCUCUCGAAAGCAUCCAUGAAAAUCGUACUCAAUUUUACUUCUCUAUAUUUUGUAAGUUGCAUUUUAUUUUUACAUAAUAUCAUCGAAAUAUUACAGGAAAUCAAUAUGAAGACCUUGGCGGUUCUCGCGCUUUGCUUGGUAGCUGCUAGCGCUACGCCUUCGAUCGACGGGGACGACAGAUACCCAAUUCAUGCACCCAGCGGCUAUGAAGAUAUAGUUACGAACGCCAUCAUCACCAGAAACUAUGAAGCUGCUGCUUCAAUGACGGUGCAGCUCAAAAGACGUUCGAGUGGAAGAUACAUAACAAUCAUCGUCAACAGGCUGAUAAGAGAAAAUAAAAGGAAUCUCUGUGACCUCGCCUACAAGCUGUGGGAUUACAUGGAUGAGAGCCAAGAGAUAGUGAAAGAGUACUUCCCUGUUAUAUUUAGACAGAUAUUUUCCGAGAACAGUGUUAAGAUCAUCAAUAAAAGGGACAAUCUUGCCAUCAAACUGGGCGAUGCUUUAGAUUCCGAUAAUGACAGAGUCGCAUACGGUGAUGCUAAUGACAAAACAAGCGACAACGUCGGCUGGAAGUUAAUUCCCUUGUGGGAUGACAAUAGAGUCUACUUCAAGAUCUUCAGUGUCCAUCGGAACCAAUAUUUGAAAUUAGGCACACGUAUUGACGUUGACAAUGAUCAUGGCGUUUACGGAGACGAUCGCGCUGACACGCACAGACACCAGUGGUACCUGAAGCCCGUUGAGCUCGAGAACCAGGUCUUGUUCUACAUCUACAACCGUCAGUACGAUCAGGCCUUGAAACUUGGCAGAAAUGUUGACAGCGACGGAGACAGACGCGCGUACUCAAGCUCCAGCAGCGUCGAAGGUCAACCCGAGCUCUACGCCUGGUCUAUCUCGAUCCUCAACUAAACCUAAUUGUACUUACUCAAGUAUAAACAUGCAAUUUCCCAUGACGAUUCCCGGCAUUAAUAAAAACCAUAAGUAAUA